UUUUUUAAGAAAUGGAAUUAGGAAACAUCGAGAUUAGAAAUAUUUCAAAGAUUGAACGGAUUGGAGCCCACUCACACAUUACCGGGCUUGGAUUAAAAGAAAAUUAUGAACCUCAUGAUAUUGCUGAUGGAAUGGUUGGGCAACAUUCGGCGCGCAAAGCUGCUGGUUUAAUUGUUAAAAUGAUAAAGGAUGGCCAUAUAGCCGGCAGAGCUCUGCUAAUUGUUGGAAAUCCUGGUACAGGAAAGACUGCCGUUGCAAUGGCUAUUUCAAAAUCUGUUGGGGAAGACACUCCUUUUGUUUCUAUUUCUGCUAGUGAAGUUUAUUCAAUGGUAAGGAAAAUUUUUUGA